AAAUAAAUGAAACUGAUCUUUAUCCUAGUGUGCCUUCUUGGCAUAUCUCUUGCUACUACCCAAGAAAUUCUUGACAUGGAAGGAGCCCCUGAUUUGGACAAAGAGAAGAAAGAUCCAAUCUGCUUCCUUGCUCAAUGCUGGCAACCUGAAGAGCUCAUUAGCCCUUUCUUUUCUCUCUUUUUUAUACUAUGGUUUAUUUAUGUGACAGCCCAAUGCCUUCUGGCUAAAAUCAAAGCUAGACGUCUCCAGCUGUAUGGAACUGAGCCUGUUUACUAUGUACCUGCAGAGAACUUCAACCAAUCUUUGCUGAAUCCUCAGGUGAAAGGAACUGAUGUUAUUCAGAAUCAGAUCCAGAUCCCUAAUCUCUCCUUUUAUCCUAAGGUUGGAGAUGCACCUCUCGGAUUUGUAUCAGUAAAGCCUCAGGGGAAUGUGGAUUCACAAAAGGUUGACUUUGAAGCUGGAGUCACACACCCAGUUGGAUCCACCUCUACUUCUUACCCAAAGCUAGCUAAGUUUUAGACUCAACCUCGAUGCUAUAUGU